UGCAGAUGCCUGGACUUGUGGUCUUCAGGCGUCGCUGGUCUGUGGGCUCCGAUGAUCUGGUAGUGCCCGGUGCAUUUCUCUUGGCGCUUCACUUUAUAUGUUUUGUACUUGUGGCCGUCUCGUUAGUUUUAUUUGAGUACGACACAAGUGUUUUAAGUGUUAAGCUAUUAUUCUAUCAUCUAAUAGGCUACUUGUUAAUACUAUUUUUUUCAAUAUGCGUAGAAAUAGGCAUUUGUGUGAUCUCGAUGCGCGGCAGCAUUUUGGACUCCGAGGCGCGUACAUCGAUCAAUAUAUGGAUAUAUCUCAAGAGUUUGGUGAUAUUAUUUGAUAUUUCAUGGCUAAUAUUGGGCUCCAUUUGGCUGUCCCAUUAUUAUAUGGAGGCGCCCAUCGAUGAGGCCAAGAAGAUCUUCAUAGCCAUCAUCAUAUGCAACUGGACGUUGGUCUUUAUCACGCUUAUAACCAUCUGGUGCACAUUCGAUGCAGCCGGUCGUUCCUGGGUCAAGAUGAAGAAGUACCAGCGCUCCAUGCGAGAGACUGAAUCGCGAUUCAACUACAAGCGUAGCAACAGCAUGAAUCGCAACUGGCGGCAACGAAAAGUGAUGCGCGCCUAUCAGGACAGUUGGGAUCAUCGCUGUCGUCUGCUGUUCUGCUGCAUGGGCUCGUCGGAGCGCAACCGGAACUCGUUCACGGACAUUGCGCGACUGCUGAGCGAUUUCUUUCGUGAACUGGAUGUGGUGCCAUCGGAUGUAGUCGCCGGCUUGGUCCUGUUGCGUAAAUUCCAGCGCCUCGAGCGCGAGGCCAUUGUCAGGCAGCGCAAGAAUGGGACAUACGAGUUCCUCAGCGGCGUGCCCAUCACGGAGCACACGCAGUUCCUAGCACUCAACGAUGCCAAAAACUAUGAUUUCUUUCAAACGGUCAUACACUACAUGUACUUCGCCCAGGGCGCCUACGGCUGGCCCAUGUACGUCAUCAUCAACCGCAGCAAAAUGUGGCAUCUGGUGCCCGAGCUCAAAUGCUUUGGCUGCUGUUGCGGCAGCGGGGAUGACAGUCAGGUGAUCCAGGACAACUGCUGCUACUGCAACUAUGCAGCCCUGAAGAAGACCCUGCAGCUGGGCGACAUCGAUAUCGUCUAUGCCACGUACCAUGUGGACGUGGGCGAGACGCCGUUCUUUGUGGCCGUCGACUACACGCAGAAGAAGAUCGUGAUCAGCAUCCGUGGCACGCUCAGCAUGAAGGACAUUCUGACCGAUCUGAAUGCUGAGGGCGAGGUGCUGCCGUUGCAGCCGCCGCGCGACGAUUGGCUGGGCCACAAGGGCAUGGUGCAGGCGGCGAUCUAUAUACGAAACAAGCUGCAGCAGGAGAAUCUCAUUGAGCGCGCCCUGCAACGCAAUGCGGAUCGCUUGACGCACACCUUCGAUCUGGUGCUGGUGGGCCACUCACUGGGCGCUGGCACUGCGGCCAUAUUGGCCAUUCUGCUCAAGCCGGAUCAUCCGACACUGCAAUGCUUUAGCUAUUCGCCGCCCGGCGGACUGCUCAGCAUGCCGGCCGUGGAGUACUCCAAAUCGUUCAUAACGUCCGUGGUGCUCGGCAAGGAUGUGGUGCCGCGCAUCGGUCUCAAUCAAAUGGAGGCACUGCGCGCCGAUCUCAUCAAUGCCAUACAGCGCAGCGUCGAUCCCAAGUGGAAGACCAUUUCGUGCUCGGUCAUCUGCUGUGGCUGUGGCCCGGAGCCCACCUCAGUGGUGAACAUGUCCGGCCAGGACACGCACAUCAAUCGAUACCAGGAGGAGCGCGACACAGCUCGCUCGACCAGCGCCCAUCCGACGGACAGCUCAAUAGCUUUAACUCUGCACCAGCCCUUAUAUCCGCCCGGUCGCAUCAUUCACAUUGUGCGGCAUCAUCCCAAGCCCGAUGAGCAAAAAUACGACAGUGGUUGGAGGAAUGUGCUCAAGAGUCGCGAGCCCGUCUAUCAGGCGAUUUGGGCCGAUUCAACCGAUUUCGAUGAGGUGCUCAUAUCGCCUGUCAUGCUGCAGGAUCACAUGCCCGACAAGGUCCUCGCCGCGCUCAAGAAGGUUGUAACGACUAGCGGCCCACGCAAGCCCCAGCGCCAGACCUCAAAUGCAUUCUCCACCACAUCGAUGGACCAGGACGACGAUCAGCAGCCCGACCAGGAGCCCAGCCACGAUACGGAUCCAAAUCCAAAUCCGGAUACGGCUCGUCACUUUGCCGGCGCCGGCAGCUUAGCGCAGCAGGAGCUGAUCGGUGCACCGCACUGCAAACGUCCGGCGGACAGUUCCUAUUCGAAUUUGAGCAACUGCAUCAUGCUGACGCCCACGGCCCAGCACAAGCUCUGCCUGGAGACGUCGUUCACCAAUCUGCAGCAUCAGCUGGAGCAGCGCACGGCUCAGCCGCUGGCCGGCAGCAAGGCCUCGUCCAUAGCGGGCAGCAUCUUUGGGCGCAGCCAGCUCAGCUCCACCACCACUCCAUAUGACAUAUCAAGCGUCCUGGACGACAGCAUCACCACGGUGACCACAAUGCGCAAGAGUCCCUGCUCCAUGCUUAGCGAGACGACAACGGUGCUGCUCAAUGCCGAGGCUAGCGAGACGCCACGGCUGCGCGCCGUCGCCUUCGACAUGGCGCCCACGCCGCCGCCGUCGCUGGCGGAGAUGCAGCCGCUGGCGCGGCAGCACUCGGAGCGCAAGCCGCGCUCCCUGCCGCUGACGCAGGCGCUGCGGCGCGCCUCGCUGGCCGGCCAGGCCGUGGACCUGCUGCACGACGACUGGUACGGCCUGGCGCCGCUGGCCAGUCCGGAGACCUUGUCCGAGAUCUCGAGCGUAUCCUCGCGCAGCAGCGUUCCCAUCAGCUUGGCCAACAGCGUUGAGCGUUAUCUGCAGCACAUGGGCGUGGGCAUGGGCAUGGGCGCGGCCGGGGUGCCCAAGGUGCCGCUGGAGGACAUAUUCGAGUCGCAGCUGCACACGCCCAAGGUGAUGCGUCGUGCGCCCAAGUUCAGCGAGAAUCUGUCCGGCUGUGCGGAGGACACACGCAACCUGGACCAGUACAAGCGGCUGGGCCGUGUCUUUGUCACGUUUCCGCGCAUCUUCCCCGAGCCGGGCGCCCACCACCACCAGCAGCUGCAGUACAAGCACAGCCUGGGCCUGGACUCCAACUCCAGCGACGACAGCUUCGAGUCGGCGCACAGCCUUCAUCGGCUGCAGCUGCCGGCGGCGGUGCCGUGCGCGGCCAACUCCAAGUCGGCCGAUCAGCUGGACGAGGAGGCGCACUCCUCGCCCGCCAAGAAGCUCACGUUCAGCGACAGCAACAUCCUGGCCGACGAGCACUGCCUGCGCCUCUGUCCCCACUGUCCCUGUCGGCGCGAUGGACGCGAUUGCUGCACGCGCUCCGCGCACGAUCAUCAGCAGUGCGCCAAGGUGGAGGCGGCAACGGCGGCGACGUCGACAGCCGCAUCGAUGGCAACGGCAACGGUUGGCUCCACGGACACCAACAGCAGCUUCUACAGCGCCAACUCGCAAACAUCGCUGGAACAGUUUGCCACGCCCAGCCGGCAGCAGCAGCAGCAGCAGCAGGAGCCAGCGAAGCUGAACGGCGGCCAUGCACUCAACGAGAUCCUUAUACGUCCAGGUGUGCUGGAAUCGCACUUUCCCGUCUACGCCGGCGCCGCCGCCGCUCAGCCAGAGACGCCGGCCAUUGUGGCGCCGGCAUCGCCCUCGCCCCUGAGCAAUGGCGCCAGCAAGAGGGCCGAUGUGGUUGGUGGACGCGUGCGCAAGCGUCUGUCCUCCGAGGAGUUUGUGUUCGCGCGCAGCGAGGAUCUUCCCAUUUUAGUACAAAUUGGUGAUAGGAACAACAGCAGCGGCGGCUCGCCCUCGACCCGGAAGCAGCGGCGCGGCUGCUGCGUUUAUCCCGUUGGCAAUAGCAUUCGUGUUGCCGGCGCCGAUGUGGACGCUGCUGCUGCGACUGCCGUCAACGCUGCCGCCUUUCCCACGUCCAUUAGCAAAUACUCCCGUACUCGCGUCACCGCGGCGGCAGCGGCAGCAGCGGCGGCAGCGACUGCAAAGCAAGGAAUAGAAAAUAGUGAAAGUAAUGUUUAAUAAGAAUAAAUAUAUAUAUAGUUAAAUAAGUGUAGUUGAAUGCAGUACCUAAGCAACCGCAACCGUAACCGUAACCGUAAUCGUAAUCGCAACUGAAACCAAGAGAUUAUUCAAUUUUAUUUGCGAUGUGCACCAAAUGAAUAGAGAGCAAAACUAAUUGAAAUUACAAUAUCGCAUACAUACCAACAAUAUAAAGCAUGUAAACACAGCGUUUAACAUGAAUAAAUGCAAUAUACA